AUGAUUGGGAGAGUGGAUACUGUUUUCGCACAAUACACCGAAAACUUUUUUUCAAUAAAAAAAACGAUUGAAAAACUUCGACAAACUGGAAAAACUCAAAUGAAAAGUAAAAUGACAUUUUUUGUUUCUACUCUUCUAGUAAUUUUGUCAAUGUCAAAAACUUUAUACGUCGACCAAACACUUGGAAGUGACGAACUUGAUGGGUCCAGUGAGUCUAGACCAUUCAAAACAAUUCAAGCGUGUGUAGCGACUUUAUCACAAACAACUGUUCCAUCAGAAGGCUUAACCAUUCGUAUAGCUCCAGGCAAUUAUUCCGUACCAGAGAAAAUAGUAAUUGAUCAGUGGAGGUUUAAAGGGAUUUCUGAUACUAAUAAAGUGACUAUAACGUCAUACCCUAAUAAAGAAAAACCGGUCUUAACGGGUGGAAUUAACAUCCCUAUGAAAUCAUUUAGGUCGAUGAGUUCCACAACGGAUGCAAUGUACGCCAAAAUACAAGAGAAAAUCCGUUCAAAAGUGAAAGUUGUUGAACUCACCAAACUGAACAUUUCAUCAAUGACAAUGGACACU